CAGCACGAAGCAAGCGUUCGGUUGCAGCCCAAGGCCUCAACGUACGUUAACGUCCACUGCGUCAAUCGGUGAAGCAAAGUAAAUGCAAUAGAGUUAGCUAGCUCAUAUUAGCUCUGCAGCCAAUCAGAAGUCGCCUCUAGAGCUGUGCGUCAUAGCUACAUUGCGCGCAUACCAUUGUGGGUCUAAUCGUCUCACGUCUCUUCUGGUUCUGGUGAUCGUUGUAUGAUAGGAAGUUCGCAGUGUUGCUGACUUCAGACACUACUUUUGCUCUGGCAGAUACUUGACAUAUAAUGGCUGAUCAACAAAUCACAAAUGUACAAAUAGCAAUGGUCGCAAGAAAUCCUUCAAUAUCAUCUCAAUGGGAGGUGCUGGCUUCUUUAUUGGAUGCGAAUCUGUUUAAUCCUGGGAUGACUCAAAAUAUUAAUACUACAAAAGGAACGCCAUUCUUGCGGACACAAUAUAUGCUCACAAAAUGGCAUGGCAAGCAUGCUGGACAAGCAAAAGUCUCGAAACUGAUCAUAGCUUUGUGUAAUUGUGAGAUGAAGAGUGAGGCUGAAGAAGUAUUUGGAGCGUCCCUAGUGGCGUCCGUCAUACAGAACGCUUCCUCUGAUGUUUUAGGUGGACCUGCCAUACCUCUUGAAGAUCCUAGACCAUCAGAUAGUAAACCAUCAGAUACUAAAGCAUCAGUUGCUGCAAGUGCAGAGAACAUGUUGGACGUUGUUAUAGUGACGGCCGUUCCUAUCGAGCUCCAGGCUGUCAAGAAAGUUCUAGAAAAAGUUGGUUGCACGUCAUUUCCUGAUUAUCAGAUACGAAAUAGCUCCGGGGGUGUGGAAGUGGGUGGUAUCGCUACCAAGCUGCAGUUGGAGGGGUCGACCUUCAAUGUGGGCGUGUUUCUUCUCUUACAAAUGGGACACGUAGGAACCACAAAUUUGUUGCAAGCAAUAAAAUAUGGCGUGGAGUCUAAGCAAGUGUCAGGAAGCGGACUUUUAGUCAUGAUUGGCAUGUGUGCAGGAAAUCCGGAUAAAGUGAAGGUUGGAACCAUCAUGACACCGAGUAGGAUUUCAAAGGAAGGUGGUGAAGGGGCAAAGCUGGACGCAGAGACAGGCAAGCGUGAGGAGGCAGGCGCCGAUGCUAAAAUUCGCCAUGCGGUCCUUACAGCAGUUCAGGCGGCUUCACCACAAUUCUGUGGCUAUGAUUGGCUCCGCAAGUAUCUGCCGGAUGAAGUAAAGAAUACUCCUUCACCACCGUUUCUUCAAGAUGCCAUUCUUGCUGCAUUGAAAAAAGUUCAUCCUAACGAAAUGAAUGUAACCGAGGUGCUUAAGGGACUCUUCAGUGCGUAUGAAAAUUGGCCAGAAAAUGUGAUCACCAAAGAAGUAGUGAAGGAAGCUCUUGGCAUUCUUAAACGUGAGCACGUCACUGAAAACGGUAAGAAGUUUUCAAUCAACGAGAAAGGUAUCAACAUGAUCGACGACAUCGAAUCUGAUUCUCAUUUUCCACGAAGUGAUCCUCCCGAUCCAGCUGUCAACAACAAUCCUAUAAUAGCAGGUGAUCUCGUUCGUGUUGGCAUGACUCCCGAGCUUUGGGGAGAGCUGAAAGGUCAGGUCGGUCAGAGAAAGGCGAGUGGAUUCGAGAUGGAAGGAUACGGGUUCUUGAGGUAUGCAGAAGAUCAUCUCACCACGUUCGAUACGUGGUUUGUCAAGGUUGUCACAGAUUACGCUACCAAGCAGUCCAAGAUGGAUUAUUAUCAAUAUUACGGGGCUUGUCUUGCAGCAGCGUUUUUCGUGCACGUUCUAGAGAAAAAUAAAUCUCUCGCGGCCAGGAAAUGAACACGAAACUCAUGCACGCUAGUCUGUGCAACACUUACAAGUUACAUGGUUGAUGGCAUAGGUUUGAGACUUUGUUGUUGUGACUGUGUACGCACGGCAUGCAGUUGCAUGUCUGUCUGUUUGCUGUCUGUCCUAUUGUCAUAGUGUAUGGUGCUGCUGUCAGUGUACGUCUAUAGUCACAGAGAGCUGCAUAACUUUUCAUUCGAAUGGACUUUUUACUGUGGCAUUUGGAUUAAUUGUAGCCGGACGAGUUCGAAAUACAGCAUACAUGACAUUCU